GCUAACAAGUAUUGAAGAGGAUCUCACUGAUGUCCUCCACUCUUUUCUGAAGUCCAAUGCUGACAAUACCUGCUACAUCCAAGAGUCCUGGGUUCACCCCUGAAGACACUACGGAUUAUCACAAGGAUGACAAUACUGUCUCAUGAAGCAGAAUGUGCCUACACACUCUUUGUCGUUGCCAUAUUUUGGCUUACAGAAGCUUUGCCUUUGUCAGUAACAGCUUUACUGCCUGGUUUAAUGUUUCCAUUGUUUGGGAUCAUGACUUCUAAGAACGUGGCAUCUGCUUAUUUCAAAGAUUUUCAUCUACUGCUAAUUGGAGUCAUCUGUUUAGCAACAUCAAUAGAAAAAUGGAAUUUGCACAAGAGGAUUGCUCUGAGAAUGGUGAUGAUGGUGGGUGUGAACCCAGCAUGGCUGACAUUGGGGUUCAUGAGCAGUACCGCCUUUUUAUCAAUGUGGCUUAGCAACACCUCAACGGCUGCCAUGGUGAUGCCCAUCGUGGAGGCUGUGGCACAGCAGAUCAUCAGCGCCGAAGCAGAGGUCGAGGCCACUCAGAUGACUCAUUUCAGUGGCUCAACCAACCAUGGACUGGAAACUGAUGAGGGUGUUGAAACAAAUGAGAGGAAAGAGAAAACCAUACCAGUUCCAGGAUACAGUAAUGAUGCAGGAAAAAUUUCAAGGAAGACGGAGCUGGAAAAGAACUCAGGCACAGGAACCAAGUAUCGAACAGAGAGGGACCACAUGCUGUGUAAACUUAUGUGCUUGUGUAUAGCUUACUCUUCUACCAUCGGUGGGCUGACAACCAUCACCGGCACUUCUACCAACUUGAUCUUCGCUGAGCAUUUCAAUAUGCGCUACCCUGACUGUCAUUGCAUUAACUUUGGAUCAUGGUUUAUGCUUUCCUUCCCAGCUGCUAUUAUUAUUCUAUUAUUGUCCUGGAUCUGGCUUCACUGGCUUUUCCUAGGAUUCAAUUUUAAGGAGAUGUUCAAAUGUGGCAAGACCAAAACAGCUAAACAAAAAGCGUGUGCUGAGGUGAUUAAACAAGAAUAUCAAAAACUUGGGCCAAUGAGGUAUCAGGAAAUUGUGACCUUGGUCCUCUUCAUUGUAAUGGCUCUGCUGUGGUUUAGCCGAGAUCCUGGGUUUGUUUCUGGUUGGUCUGCGCUUUUUCCCGAGUAUCCUGGUUUUGCUACAGAUUCAACUGUUGCCUUACUUAUAGGAAUCCUAUUCUUUCUUAUCCCAGCUAAGAGAUUGACUAAAACUACACCUACAGGAGAAAUUGUUGCUUUUGAUUAUUCUCCACUGAUUACUUGGAAAGAAUUCCAGUCAUUCAUGCCCUGGGAUAUAGCCAUUCUUGUUGGUGGAGGGUUUGCCUUGGCAGACGGCUGUGAGGAGUCAGGACUAUCUAAGUGGAUAGGAAACAAAUUAUCUCCUCUAGGUUCAUUACCAGUAUGGCUGAUAAUUCUGAUAUCUUCUUUGCUUGUCACAUCUUUAACAGAAGUAGCGAGCAAUCCAGCUACCAUUACCCUCCUUCUCCCUAUAUUAUCUCCAUUGGCUGAAGCCAUUCAAGUGAACCCUCUUUAUAUUUUGAUACCUUCUACUCUGUGUACUUCAUUUGCAUUCCUCCUACCAGUAGCAAAUCCGCCCAAUGCUAUUGUUUUUUCAUAUGGCCAUCUGAAAGUUAUUGACAUGGUUAAAGCUGGACUUGGCGUUAAUAUUGUGGGUGUUGCUGUGGUGAUGCUGGGCAUGUCCACCUGGAUUCGGGCUAUGUUUGACCUCUCUACUUACCCUUCUUGGGCUCCUCCAAUUAGUAAUGAGACCAUGCCAUGACAGGCAUGAAUGCUAUGACUAUGCUGUGGUGAGUUCGGAGAACCGUUGAGCAUUCACUGCCAAUUUGGCAUUGGAAAAUUGAUGACACAUUUAAAUUAGUCCUGACGUCACUGCUGUGGUUCCAGUAAACACCCAAAACCUGCUGUCAUAAGCCAGAGUUCACAAUUCCUUUGAAAUGCAACCAAAGAGCAUCUACGUGCCUUUAUCAAGAAGCCCACGGCUGAGAUUUUGCUCAUGGACCAUAAGAAUCCUGCUUCAAUAUAAGAGUAAUUUAUAAUAUGACCUUCAAAGAGAUUAGGUGAUUUGAUUCAUUUUACAGUUUGGGUUUGGUGUAGCAUUCAAACAUCAAUUUAUUGUUUCAGAAACUUCCCAUAGAAAUAGGAAAUAAAAUAUACCAGUUAAUUAUGUACUUGGAUAAAUCAUUU